CCUGUGUGAUGCAGGUGCAUGGCUUCAUGGCGGCCUUCCUCUUCUCCAUCGAGACGCAGACCACCAUUGGCUACGGGCUGCGCUGUGUGACGGAGGAGUGCCCGGUGGCCGUCUUCAUGGUGGUGGCCCAGUCCAUUGUGGGUUGUAUCAUCGACUCCUUCAUGAUCGGUGCCAUCAUGGCCAAGAUGGCGAGGCCCAAGAAGCGGGCGCAGACGCUGCUCUUCAGCCACAACGCCGUGGUGGCCCUGCGUGACGGCAAGCUCUGCCUCAUGUGGCGCGUGGGCAACCUGCGCAAGAGCCACAUCGUGGAGGCCCAUGUGCGCGCGCAGCUCAUCAAGCCGCGGGUCACUGAGGAGGGCGAGUACAUCCCGCUGGACCAGAUCGACAUCGAUGUGGGCUUCGACAAGGGCCUGGACCGCAUCUUUCUCGUGUCGCCCAUCACCAUCCUGCACGAGAUUGACGAGGCCAGCCCGCUGUUCGGCAUCAGCCGGCAGGACCUGGAGACAGACGACUUUGAGAUAGUGGUCAUCCUGGAAGGCAUGGUGGAGGCCACAGCCAUGACCACCCAGGCCCGCAGCUCCUACCUGGCCAAUGAGAUCCUGUGGGGCCACCGCUUCGAGCCCGUGCUCUUUGAGGAGAAGAACCAGUACAAGAUCGACUACUCGCACUUCCACAAGACCUAUGAGGUACCCUCUACGCCUCGCUGCAGCGCGAAGGAUCUGGUGGAGAAUAAGUUCCUGCUGCCUAGUGCCAACUCCUUCUGCUACGAGAACGAACUGGCCUUCCUGAGCCGUGACGAGGAGGAUGAGGCAGAUGGAGACCAGGACGGCCGAAGCCGGGACGGCCUCAGCCCCCAGGCCAGGCAUGACUUUGACAGACUCCAGGCUGGCAGCGGGGCCCUGGAGCAGCGGCCCUACAGAAGGGAGUCAGAGAUCUGAGCCAGCCUUGGCCAACAUGCAGCAUCCACCCCCAGCCGGGGAGAGGCCCCGCCAUCGCUCAGGGGCCCCGGGUUUGAGCAGAACGGGCCUGGUGCCCUGGGUUGCAGACUCAGUAGCGUUUUAGUCGUUUUAUGUUUCUUUGCAACAGCCUCAGAAGGUUGGCCGGAGGGGGGCAGCCAGAGUGGCAGCCCCCGGCCUCAGAGGCUAUCGCAGGCUCAGGGCAAAGAAGUGGCCUCCUGGGGGGCCAGGCCACGGGGGCCAGGGCUUCUGCCUGAAGAUGGAGCUGCAGCCUGUGGGGAAGCAGCUCAGCUCAAUGGUGGGCCCAGCCUCUGCUGUCCAAGGCUGUUUGGCUGCGGUGCUCCUUGCUGGUUUUUAACUUGGGGAGAAACACCGGGUUUCAGCUUUCUUGACCUUAGCUUGGGUGAGACUGUUUACAAAAAAAAAAAAAAAAAAAAAUUACCAUGCAAUUGAAAAAAAUUUUUUAAUUCAUAGGGGGCGAAAAGAACAAUUAGAAUUCCAUGGGUCUGCCAGGAUGCAGCAGCUGGCUGGAGGCUCCAGGGGGUUCCCCGAGGUGGGACUGGCCUCUCCCUGUGUGUGUGGGCACCGCAGUGCCUGGGCAAGCAGGGUGCUCCGGGACCGCACUUCGUCGAGCUCACGAACCAACUAGGCUCUGUUUGUGAUAGAAAAAUCAAGACCAUGUUAAUGAUAAUAAUAAAAGCUUUCUACUGUCACUGGGGUGGUGGGUGGGGGCUGGGAAGAAACUGGUUUGAGCUUUUGGAGUUUGACUUUGUACCUUAGAGAUGCGUCUCAGGGCCAGGCAUGGGACCUACCAUCCAGGGUUCCUCCCCCGACCCUCGAUUUUCCUGGUUUGCUUCUCUCUCCAUUUCUGUCCAGGCCUCCACCCCUUCCACAGCGAGGGGUGGUUAGGAGCCACAGGCCGGGAUGGCUCCUUGGAAGGGAAGUCGGGAUCCCAGGCUAGGAGGAAGCUGGCAGCCCCGUCCCCACUGGGCCCACAGUGUGAGUCGUGCCUUAGAGACUCCGGGUUGUCCUGUUCUUUCUGGGCUCGCUCGUCUCCCCAACCCUGUCCCACCCCUCCCCGCCCAUACCUCCACUGCUGAAUUUCCUCCAGCCCCUCUGUCUGCCUUGUGAAGGUGGCAGGGGCCAGGUCUGUCUGACAUAGGACCACGUCGUGUCCCUCCCUCACCUGGAGCAGCACAGCAGAGUCCAGGCAGGGCACAGCCAGGCCCU